AUGCAGCGACUCCUGCGGGAAUUGUGGAUUGUCAAAUGGGCUUUCACAUCGAAGCUGAUUGGCGCGGGGAGAUCCAACUGUUGGUGCAAGGGCAAUUGGGGGCUUGGGCAUGCAGAUGAAUGCCAUGGUGGUCGUGCUAUUCUUCGUCUGAUAACCGGCUCCCCCUUCGCCCCUCCGCUCCUCUCCUCCCUUCUUCCUCCCGCUCUCCCUCCCCAGCCUCCUCCGCCGAAGACCUCCUCUCCUCCUUCCUCCCACACCUCUACCCCGACGAAGCACCCGCCUGCCUGGGCAACCCGGGCCAAACCCUGCUCUACUACCUCUCCGCUCUUCGGCGACAUCCGCGUCCUCGUCCCGGACUACGACUCCUCUAAACGGAAACUGAGAUCCACCGGCAACCAACGAUGGGAGAACGGGAAAGAAAUUCGGUUGUGCUGGGAGAGUUGCCCUUCAUAUGGCCCUUCCCAGUUUGAUCUAUGGACCGCCCUUCCAUCUCUCAUCGCCGCCCUCGCGGGGGCCGAAACCGUAUCAAUCACAGACCACCCGUCCUCCGCCGCGCUAUCCGGCGCCGUACAAUCAUGCAUCGCCCAGAACAUCGCCGACGCCGCCAUCCGGGCACGCAUAUCCGUCCACCCGCACGAAUGGGGUAUCUUCUUCCAAACCUGCCGCGAUCAGACCGAGGCGAAGAAACCGAUUGGCUUUGCGGCGGAGCAUCAAGGCACCUUCACACGCAUCAUCUGCGCGGACUGUCUGUGGAUGAGGGAUCAGCAUGCGAACCUGGUGGAAUCCUUACUCUGGUUUCUGAAACCGUGGGGAAAUGAAGAUUCCGCGGGCAGGGCGGGGGACGGUGGUUUGGCGUGGAUUGUUGCUGGGUUUCAUACUGGGAGGGAGAUUGUGGCGUCGUUCUUUGAGACGGCGGAGUCGAUGGGGAUGGUGGUGGAGGAUAUCUAUGAGCGGGAUGUCAAUGCGACGAGCGAGAUGGGUGUGGUCACUCGGCCCUGGAUGCCUGUGAGGGAGGGAGAAGGGCCGGAGAAUCGAGCGAGGUGGUGUGUUGUGGCGUUGUUGAGGAAGAAGGAUUGA